AUGGCAGAAAUAAAACAAGCCUGUUAUGACGGUACGGGAGAUGUAGAUUUGUGGCUUAUGAAAAUGAAGUUCUAUUGUUCUACAAAGAAAUUUGAAGGUAAACAAGAAGCUCACGCCAUAGCGAGUAAACUCGAGGGGGCGGCGUUUCUAUGUAUUGCGAGAUUAGACGAUGAACUUCAAGAUGACCCAAAAGAAGUUAAAGCCGCGUUAAGGAAGGAAUUCGACAAAGAAUCGAUCGACCACGAGAAAGCUGUCGACGAAUUACGAGGUUUAAGGCGAAAAGGCGGUGAAACACCAGCACAGUUAGCGUGGAGAAUCGAAAAGUUGAUGGCGAAGGCUUACCCGGAGUUAUGCGCGUCAACACACGGAUCGGCAAAGAAAACAAAGGAACAAAUGUUACAUGAUACCUUUUUGGGGGCUAUUGACAAUGCUGUUAUAAUUAAUGACGUAAUUAUUACGUGGACACCACGCGUGUGUCACGCAAUUCUGCGAGCACAUGGAAUAUUAAGGUCUUGUGUGGAAGUUCUGAGUAGAGCGAGUUGA